GAGACAUCAUAAAGCCUCAGUCAGGACUCUCCGCCUGCAUUGCAGUGCUCACCUCCCUCCAGUGAGCUUCAUCAGAGAUAUCAGAGGAAAACAGCGGAGUCAUGCUGCUUUUAUCGCUACUUUUCGUGUCUACAGCUGUAGCCACCCCUCUCCUGGGCACUGAGCAGUGUGCUCGCGGCCCCCCCUACUGGUGCCAGAAUGUGAAGACAGCGUCUCUCUGCGGCGCUGUGACUCACUGCCAGCAGAACAUAUGGAACAAGCCCCAGAUGAAAAGUGUGCCAUGUGAUUUGUGCAAAGAAGUGUUGAUGGUGGUGGAGCAGAUUCUGAAGGACAAUGCUACUGAGGCAGAGGUUCUUGGGUACCUGGAAAAGGCCUGCCAGCUCAUCCCCGAUCAAAGUUUGACUGCAGAGUGCAAGGAGAUGGUGGAUGACUACUACCCCAUCCUUAUAGGAAUCAUCACUGGAGAGCUGGAGGAUCCCGCUGUGGUGUGUGGAGCCAUGGGACUGUGCACCUCUCAGCAGGCAGCCCUGGCUAAGGUCAAGGAGCAGCUCAUGUCCAAUGAAAUCCCCCAAAUGGACCUUUCCCAGCAAGUGGCUCCCUUCCUCCUCAAUGUGCCCCAGCUCCUUUAUCCUCAGGAGAGCCCCAAGCAGGAAGCCCCCAAACAAGAGGCGCCAAAACAGGGAAGUGAUGAUGUGUGCCAGGACUGCAUCAAGUUUCUGACUGACGCCCAAGCAGAAGCCAAGGCCAACUCCUCAUUUGUCGACUCUCUCAUUGAGAAUGUUGAGAACCAGUGUGACCUGCUGGGACCUGGCUUAUCUGCAAUGUGCAAGCAGUAUGUCGGCCAGUACGGCGUCCUUGUUGUGCAGCAGCUCAUGUCCAUGCAACCCAAGGAUAUCUGUAUCCAUGCUGGCUUCUGUGAAGAAAUGAAGAAAUCCAUUCCCAUGCUGAAGCUGCUGCCUGCCAAGACUGUACCUGCCUCCAAGACGGUACCUGCUCUCAAGCUUUUCCCUGCCACCAAGGUAGAGUCUGCUGCUGACAAGUCUAUGCCCAUGGUGCGAGUCCGCGAAUCCCCAACCUGUGCCAUCUGUGAGUUUGUGAUGAAACAGUUGGAGAGUAUGUUGGAGGAUCAGACAACAGAGGAGGAGGUGAUUAAAGCUGUAGAGAAGGUGUGUGGACUUCUGCCCUCCUCUCUGACUGGCCAGUGUAAGGACCUGAUCGAGACCUACGGCCAGGCCAUCAUUGAGCUACUGGUGCAGCAGGCUGACCCCAAGACCGUCUGCACGGUGUUGGCACUCUGCAAUGAUGCCAGCCGCGCAUAUGUCCCUGCACUUGACCAGGCUCGCUUUAAGGUCGGUGGCUACUGCGAGGUGUGCAAGAUGGCUGUCACCUACAUCGAUGGUAUUUUGGAGAAGAACGCUACAGAGGCAGAGAUCGAGGAGGCAGUGAGGAAAGUAUGCAGCUUCCUGCCUGACUCUCUUCAGACUCAGUGCGACCAGCUGAUUGAACAGUAUGAGCCAAUGCUUGUCCAGCUUCUGCUCCAGAUGCUCGACCCCGACUUUGUGUGCAUGAAAGUAGGAGCCUGCCCUGAAUCUGUGCACAGGCUGCUGGGAACAGAGCAGUGCAGCUGGGGGCCUGCAUUCUGGUGCAAGAACAUGGAGACAGCAACUCGGUGCAAUGCUGUGGCUCACUGCAAACGCCAUGUGUGGGUAUAGAAGAGGAAGAUCAGCACAAACUGACCUGUAGGGAAUUAAAAGAAAACAAAUACUGUAGUGCUGCUUCCCACUUUUAAUUUUUGUCCCGUUUUCUUUUUUUAAUAGACAAAUGACUGCAAUUCAUGUUUAAAUUAACUUUGAUAUUUUGAAUGAUGUCAUGGUGGAAAGGGACUGGACAUUUUUUUUUUUUUUUGUUUCUCUGGGAGGGGCAGAGGAGGAUUGAUUUACGUGUUUAGCAGCCUGCAGCUCAUCGUGUUACUGCGUCACUCCAAGCAGAUGUUACUAAGCUUCACUGUAGGACUUUGCAGAUUUGCAUUGUUUGGUUUGUACUUGCCUGUAUUGCUUGCUGGGUGUGGUGAAUGUAGGAACACAAAUUUCACAUGUUGUAUAAUGUCGACCGAUCAUCAGAUAGCUGCUUCUAUGAUGGUUCUGCAGACCCCCCCCCCCCCCAGCUGGAUUUGAUGAUUCUUCCUCACCAUAAGAACUAUAAGAACAGCUCAGUGUAUUAAGAAUGACUGGCAUUACUUUUAGCAGUAUGUCCAAUCCUACAACAAAUUUAUAUUUUGUAGACCGUAAAUGGGUUGAUGUUUUAAGGAGCUGAUACGGACGAAAUAAGAUGGUCUUGUGUGUACCUCUCACUCACCUCCCAUUGUUUGCACUCUUCCUGUUUGUAAAUCACUGCUUUUCUAACGUACAGAAGGCAUCUCCAAUUUGUCUGCUUCAUACCCUGAGCCAAUUGUCAGUUGAUCUGUAAAUUUUUAACAAUUAAAAUGAUCCCAAAUCCA